UACGACCAAGUCUCACCGCCUCUCUGCCCGUCCACCCUUUCCUAGAGCCUCACGAUGAGCAGCAAGGCCAUCAAACGUGCAUCCCCUGGGGAUUCGACGGAGAAAAAUCCCCUCAGCGACGUCGAGCUGACCGACGAGUACGCGGCGAAGCUGCAGGGGAUCCAAAGGGAACUUGCGCGUCGCGAGCUUAUUCUAGAGCGCCGUGCGCAGGAGUUUCUCUUGUCCGUGUAUGAAGACCGGCAGAGCAUCCUAAAGGGGAUCCCGAAGUUCUGGGCCGUCGCGCUCAUGAACCACAACAUGUUCGCGAUGCAAGCACAGCACAACUCGGACCAGGUCGCGCUCAGCUAUCUGGAGGACGUCUGGGUCGCGCGGGAUUCGGGGGAGUCGCGGUGUUUCACGCUAGAAUUUCAUUUCAAGGAAAAUCCAUAUUUCUCGAACAGGGUGCUGAAGAAGGAGUACCGAUACAUGCCGCAUCCCGCAGCGGAGGACAAUCAGCCUGACGCGGAUGGCAUUACACAAUCUAUGCUUGAGUUCUCGUGGGAACGUGAUGUGGAGCCUCAGGCCCAGAAGAUUGACUGGAAGGAUGACUCGAAGAAUCUCACCAAGCUCCACCCCCAGGUGAUGGACGACGAUGGUGACGACAUGCCGUCAGAGGGUGGCAGUUUCUUCAACUUUUUUGAGCAUGAAGGUGAUCCAUACGACAUCGGGGUGCUCGUCGCAAACGACAUCUUCCCAGAGGCAAUCGACUAUUUCCUUGGCCAGGCCGGGGGCGACGACAUGGACUCGGAGGAGGAAGAGGACAGCGAGGACGAGGACGAUGACGAGGAGGAGAUUGACCUGGAGAAGCCGCGCCCGAAGAAGGCGAAGAGGGCGUGAGCCUGGAGGAGACUGGGAACGUAGUAGACUGACCCUCAAUCACCGCGGAUUGAUGUUACCCAAAAGCCUGGACGUUGCGAGGCAAGCUGCUGCCGAC